AUGGGCCCUAGAGGUGCUAUGCAGAGUCAUAUAGUACUAUAUUGUUACGAUUAUAACAAGCCAACUGUGAUCUUUUUAUGGGAAAGAUAUGGGCUAUAUGUUUAUCCUAAUAGCUUUUUCCAAUAUGAAGGAGAAUGGAGACAAGGACAAAAACAUGGUCAUGGCAAACUAUUAUUCAAGGAUGGAAGUUAUUAUGAAGGCGAGUUUGUGGAUGGUGAAAUUUUGGGAAAUGGAUUGCGAUAUUGGGCAUCUUCAGGAAACAGUUACUCAGGUCAGUUCAUGUUAGGAGAGCUCCAUGGACAUGGAGUCAUGCAAUACAGAGAUGGUGGGAAAUAUGAAGGAGAAUUCUCCUGUGGAAUGAGAGAAGGAUAUGGGUUACUGGUUGACAGUGAUGGACAAAUUUAUCAAGGAUCUUUCCACAAAAAUAAGAAGCAUGGAGGAGGUAAAAUGACCUUCAAGAAUGGUGAUAAGUAUGAAGGAGACUGGAUUCUGGACCAGCGACAAGGUCAUGGGGAACUGCACUGUGCCGAUGGAAGUGUAUAUGAGGGGCAGUGGAGAAAUGACAUGUUCAAUGGACAGGGCACUAUAAUUCAUUGUUCUGGUGUCAUCUAUGAUGGACUGUGGAUCAAUGGCUACCCUGCUGCUCAAGCAAAGAAGAUAGUGAUUUUGGGCCCAGAAGUUAUUGAUAUAAUUCAGGGAUCUUCUAUCACCCUUCAUGUACAGCUUCAGAAUGAAGAAGGAGAGGUUUGUGAAUCUGAGGAAGGCCGAGUUUUGGAGAUCUGGGCAGGCAUCAGACAUCAUCAAAUCCGAGCAAGUUCCCCUACCAAUUUAUUUGAGUUAAUUGAAGAGAUUGAAAGGAAGCCAGUCAAAACCCCUUUUGGAUUUGAAUGUAUUAGCUACCCUUUGAUGGAUGCCACAUCUGAAAGCCAGAAACUGAAAGCUGCUUUCCCUAUAGUUAGCAAAUCUGGAUUUGCACUGGCUGAUUUAUCAAUUCCUAAGAGAGUUAUAGAGCCAGAAUCAGGAUCAGACACCAUGCAUGGAGCUGGAGAUGCCCCCAGCAAUCAGGAUGUAUUUGAAGAUGAACGUCCCUGUCCUCCUGCCAGUCAGAGAGUGGAGCAUGGCUGUGCAAUUUUCAGAAACAUCUUGCUUGCACCUCCUCCAGCUAAUUAUCUGUCCUUUCUGCUUGUGGAUGAAGUAAGCAAAAAAGGAGGCAGAAAGCCAAGUGGCAGAAUAUCUGCUGAGAAAGCUGAGAAGAUGACAGUCUUGCAAGAGAAAAUUGGAGACAGCAGAUCUGAGAUGACACCCAAACGGCAUGAGUUAAAAAACGAUCAGUGCUCCAUGAAGAACUGUAGCGUUUUGCCAGGCAAGUAUGUGCUUAUGGUCCAUGAAGUGACCAUACCCCCAUUUUUGGGCAAGACUCUCCCACCAGCCUUCAAACUCUUAAGGGUUUUGCCAGAGAAAACCAAAAACAAGAAAGCGACCAGCAAGUAAAGAAGGAACAUAAACAUACAGGAAUUCACAGGCUCUGUCCAAUGCACACUGUAGUUUGUGAAGGUUUUACCACUGAGUACAAUAGGAGUUGGACUGAUCCCUUGGGCCUCAGAUGCAUGUAGGUUUUGAAAAAAGGGGUAUACUAACAGCAAAGAAACAAUUGACCAACAGAGAUCCAUUUCACACAGUGUCCUACCUAGUCACAUUUUAGAUGAUACUAAAUCGUACAUUUUAGAUGGUAUUUAUGAGAUGGAGAGAAAUGUCUUUGAUUAAUCCUAUUUUUCAUCAUUAUAUAAGUUGUAUGUAUUUUUAACAAAAUUCUAUUAAAAUAAACUGAAAAUUCA